CAAGCAACGGACAACAACGACGACGACGAAACACCACACAACUAGCUUCAUAAUUUCCUGUUCGAUACCGCACCUAACCCACCGAGCAUACAGAAACUCUACGACCAGUCAUCAUGGAAUUCGGUCACGCUGGAGUGUUGAACGAGGAUGGAAUCCACGUCGAUAUGGAUCGGUUGAAGAAGGGCGAGGUGAACUUGGGUACCUCGAUUAUGGCGGUUACCUUCAAGGAUGGAGUCAUUCUGGGAGCUGAUUCCCGAACCACGACCGGAUCUUACAUUGCGAACCGAGUGACGGACAAGUUGACGAGAGUACACGACACCAUCUGGUGCUGCCGAUCUGGCUCGGCCGCUGACACGCAGGCUGUUGCCGAUAUCGUGCAAUAUCAGCUGGGACUCUUUGCGAUGCAGAACGGCAAACCGCCCAUGACGCAGACUGCGGCCUCCAUCUUCCAGGAGAUUUGCUAUUCCAACAAGGACCGCUUGUCGGCUGGACUUAUUAUUGCUGGAUGGGAUGAGCGAUUCGGUGGACAGGUAUACUCGAUUCCCCUGGGCGGUUCCCUCCACAAGCAGGCCUACGCCAUCGGUGGUUCCGGAUCGACGUACAUCUACGGUUACUGCGAUGCGAACUGGGAAGAGGGUAUGGAGGAGGCUGAAGCAGUCGACUUUGUCAAAGGAGCAUUGAGAGAGGCCAUCAAGUGGGAUGGCAGCUCUGGUGGUGUCAUCCGAAUGGUUGUGCUGACCAAGAACGGCGCGGACCGCCACUUGUACUUGCCGGACACGGAUUACGCGGUGCGGCACCAGUGAAGGGCGAGGAAGAGAGUGAUCGUGGAAGCUGGGGCUCUACGGAACUCGGCAAGUCACGUCAAGGAGGGGUAGAAGAAACGCCGACAAGCAGAUCAGAAAUAACAGAUACUGAAGAGACAAGAGACAAGAGGCUUGCGGUUGAAGGCUAGAAAACAGUCGGCGCUGUACACUAGAUAAUCGGAUCAAUGAUGAAAGAGCAUUUACCGAGA